AUGCUCAUUGGGCCGAGCUGUCGAGUGUUAGUCGGUCCGGCAUUGUUCAUCAAGAUGCGACUAAUUGGGCUGCAAUUACUGCUGCUGUUGGCUACUUUCGGAUCUCCGGCUGGUUCGGUAGGUCAGAACAAGACACAAGAACGAAGCAAUCAGCUUCAGAUUGGCGUUGAAGAACUACUACUUUUCAAUCGACACUUUUUGGAUUAUCUUGUGGUGUACAGUGAGUCGGACGAAGAGCCUUCAAAUCGAGAUUGCGUAGACACACUACAGCAGUUGGCGAACGCCUACUUGAAUCGUGAAUGUCAUGGUUUGGAGUGGUUUGACUCGUGGGGUAAAGCUCCAUCGGGAAUCUACUACGGAAGCAGUCACGUCUUCGGAAACUACGACCAGUGUCGACAGUUCAGUUGGCGGCAAAUCCGUGGAGAGCAUUGCGUCUUCGUAGUGUCCUAUGCAAAGGGUAUGUUUCCGUUCGUUCCGGGACUGUGUGUACCUUCUGUGUGCACUCCGAGGUUUAUUCAUAGAAUAUACGGAGACUACGUCAGCGGUAGGAAUGCAACACUGGAAAUUCCCGCCGAUCCAAAUUUACGCUGUAGUCACAAUUCAGGGCUUGUCUUCCAUGGAGCUGUUAUUACUGCUACAGUAAUUUUCACAUGCAUUGCGAUUCUUCUGCUGACCAGCACAAUCUACGAAGCGGUUCAACUGGUGCAAGGUCGUGACGUCGAUCCUCUGUACAGCUCAUUUUCAGUAUACCUAAAUCUACGAGGCAUCUUGCGAAUCGUUCCCAAGUUACCAUCCAAGGAAGCCGAAUCGACAUAUGUGAUCGAGUGUCUUGAUGGUAUUCGGUCACUAUCCAUGAUCUGGAUUAUCAUAUAUCACGUUCAAGAUACGUUACCCAAGGUUCCGGUGAUCAACCGUUCAUCGAGGAGUGCCUUUCUAGAAGGUCCGGCCUCCACAGUCAUGCUUCAUAGUGGUGCUUUUGCUGUGGAUACGUUUUUCGUGCUGAGUGGAAUGCUAGUAGCAUGGAAUAUGCUGAAGGAAUUGGACAAGAAGGGUAGAAUCAACCUCUUCCAGUUCUACCUGCAGCGCUACAUACGUAUCACGGUUCCUUUAGCUGUGUUGGUUCUGUUUGUUACUUCAUUUGCCGUGUAUGUGGGUGAAGGACCCCAAUGGAAGCCGAGUCUGUUUAAAAUGCAAGAUACUUGUUCAAAGUAUUGGUGGUCCACUCUACUGCACAUUCAAAACUAUGUCAAUCCAGGGAAUAUAUGUCUUCUUUGGACAUGGUAUCUCUCUGCGGACAUGCAGCUGUACUUGCUUGCACCGGCACUGAUCUAUCCGCUGUGGAAGUACGGGAAGCGAUUUCUUCUCGUUAUAGCAGGCCUGGCGUUACUGUCCAUGUCGAGUGUGUUCAUAACCUUCACGUUGUAUGAUUUCAGGAAGAGCAGUGCAGCUCCCAAUGGCGAUGGUCUGAUGAAUCUAACGUAUUUUCCAACGCAUACUAGGAUGGCCGUUUGGCUAUGGGGAACAAUUUUUGGAUAUGUCCUCUACAAGACCAAAGCAGAUGGGAUCAAGCUAUCCAGACGGAGCUGGAACAUUGGGUGGGUCAUCUGUUUUGCAUGUAUUGUGGUGAUCGUCUGCGGGCAGUACGGAUUCAACCAAACCGAUUACCAUGACUUUUCCGAAGUUUUAGAUGCUUUCUACGCUGCGCUACACCGAACUGUGUUCGGCAUUUGCGUAAUGUGGAUUAUUCUAGCGUGUGUGAACGGCAAAGCCGGGGUCAUCAAUGACAUUCUAUGUGCUCCCUUGUGGCAACCGCUGUCCAAACUGUCAUACACCAUGUAUCUAUUGCAUUCUCUGCUGAUCAUGAUGGCUUCAGUUGCGUCGGUUAAACUGGAGAUGCAUUUCAGUGUUAUGGACCUGUUCAAUCGAAUCUGGGCUGCCAUCGGGAUAACGAUGAGUGUGUCUCUUCUUUGGAGUGCAUUUUUCGAACUGCCGUUUGUCAAUUUGAGCAAACAUUUUCUGAUAAAUCGGCAGGUUUCCGAUGAGGUUAAAAAGAUAUAA